ACAGCUCACUCUAAGUUGGAUCUCCUCUGUCUUCACGGAAACCAGGAAACAGAUACAAUUAUGACGAUCUUAAGAAUAAGAAAAAUUAGCUUCAUGCGCGUCUGGACGUUUCCCGUGAUUGUGGCCGUGGUGUGCGCGCAAAGUGUCAAUGAUCCAAGCAAUAUGUCACUCGUGAAAGAAACCGUUGAUAGACUAUUGAAAGGAUAUGACAUUCGCUUGAGGCCAGAUUUUGGAGGUCCUCCAGUGGGAGUAGGGAUGAAUAUAGAUAUAGCCAGCAUAGACAUGGUGUCAGAAGUGAAUAUGGACUACACGUUGACUAUGUAUUUCCAGCAAGCGUGGCGAGACAAGCGUCUGUCUUAUUCCGAGAUUCCUCUUAACCUGACGCUGGAUAACAGAGUAGCCGAUCAGCUGUGGGUGCCGGACACGUACUUUCUGAACGACAAGAAAUCUUUUGUUCAUGGUGUGACGGUGAAGAACAGAAUGAUUCGGCUCCAUCCAGAUGGCACUGUGCUUUAUAGCCUCAGGAUCACGACCACUGCAGCCUGCAUGAUGGACCUGCGCAGAUACCCAUUGGACGAGCAGAACUGCACUCUGGAAAUCGAGAGCUAUGGCUACACCACAGAUGAUAUUGAGUUUUACUGGCGAGGUGGAAACCAUGCAGUAACAGGAGUUGAGAGGAUAGAGCUUCCACAGUUCUCCAUCAUGGACUACAAACUCAUCUCCAAGAAUGUGGUAUUCUCUACAGGUUCCUACCCUCGUCUCUCCCUGAGCUUCAAGCUUAAGAGAAACAUUGGCUACUUCAUUCUGCAGACCUACAUGCCUUCCAUUCUGAUCACCAUCCUGUCCUGGGUGUCCUUCUGGAUCAACUAUGAUGCAUCUGCUGCCAGGGUUGCUUUAGGGAUCACCACUGUACUCACUAUGACCACCAUCAAUACACACUUGCGGGAAACUCUUCCAAAGAUCCCGUAUGUCAAAGCCAUCGACAUGUACCUGAUGGGCUGUUUCGUCUUUGUUUUCCUGGCUCUUCUGGAGUAUGCGCUUGUCAACUACAUCUUCUUUGGCAGGGGACCUCAGCGGCAGAAAAAAGCAGCAGAGAAAGCCAUCACAGCCAACAAUGAGAAAAUGAGAUUGGAUCCCAACAAAUGGUUGAUGGGAAAUGUAGUUGAGAGAGACGAUACUCUAUAUGCCAGAAUGAAACAGAGGGAUUUUGACACGCAUGACUCCAUGUGGGAACCAAUCUUUGUGGACGAUGCAGCAUUAGGACUAGGCGAUUCAAAAAAUAAGAUGGACCCCCAUGAAAACAUUCUUCUCAGUCCUCUAGAGAUCAAGAAUGAAAUUGGCACGUCAGAGCUGUCCCUGGGUUUGGGCGACCCCCGAGCAACCAUGCUAGCCUAUGACAGCACCACGCUGCAGUAUCGCAAAGCCGGCCUGGCUAGAAACAACUUUGGACGCAAUGCACUGGAACACCAUGUUGCUCAGAAGAAGAGCCGAAUACGACGGCCAUCACAGCUCAAAAUCACCAUCCCUGAUUUAACUGACGUAAAUUCAAUCGACAAGUGGUCAAGAAUUAUCUUCCCCACCGUAUUUUCUUUUUUCAAUGUCAUCUAUUGGCUUUACUAUGUCAACUAACUGGAUAAUGGUGCCAUCUGAGGAAUGCCACUUAAUUUUAUGUCAGUAUAUUCUUCCAUUUCCUGCCGAUUGGUUUUGCAAUAUAAGCGGGACUUAUGUUGACAGAUGAAAAUCAGGACUAAUUCUGUUGACAUUUGACCUUGGAUUCACCUUAAUUGUUGGCUGACACUGAUAGUCUAAUGAGGUUCAAUUAAAUGAUGCAUGUUUCAAAAAUCAAAUUUUUUUAAAUGUUUUAGUGGACUUUUACGGACAGAAACCUCAAAGUCUUACUACAAAAAAAAUCUUUCAACUUCUCAGUUCCUUCCCUUACAAAAAAGGCACUUGACAUCUCUAUGGUAGUGAUUCUCAAUACAAAAAACAAUACACCCAAGAACCAAUAUGAGCAAUUUUUUUUCCUCCACAUUUUUUUCCUUAAGCCUUGUAUAUAAUUUUGCCUGGAACCACAGCUCAUUCUGUGCACACAGCUCUUGGUAGCCCAAGAUGUUUAUUCAACGUCAGUUGUGCUGAAUGUGCCGUGCAUAUGUAAACAAGGACAUUUUUUUGCAUGCACACCAGAUUCAAUGGGAGAAAAGCUGAAUAAACAUUUACAUUUCAGUCUAUUCCUCACACAACACUAUAGUAUGGCUUCAGAAGUAUUUAUAUAUCGAUAUGAGUGAUAUGGACAAAUUUAAUGGUGCUUUUAAGUGCUUUUGUAGCUUGACAGUCACAAUCACAAUUCUCUUAUUAAUCAACAAACUUUGUGUAAGCUAUUAAAUAUUAACUAAUCACUUUUUGGGAUGUUUUAAAAGUGUGUAUGCAUAAUACAAUUUUAUGCAUUAAUAUAGCAGAAAGUUUACAGAAAAUAACAGAACAAUAUAAUUAAAAAGUUCAUUUGGGUUUGUUUUUUGUUUUUUUCAAUUAACUUUUCAUUAUUCAGCAGAACAGUAAAAAGGAAAGAACACGUUCCGUUUUCAUUGCAUUAACGUUUUAAUAAAACUUUUGUCAAGACAUGAAGUUGAAUUUGAAAAUUGAGAACCACUUCUCUAUGGCAUUUGACAUCUCUAAAUGUUUUUGUAAUGUCUCUUGUUUCCACAAAGUUAAAAGACAAUACGAAUAGUUUUGCAAUGAUUCUGUUUUUUUUUUUUUUUUUUAAUUUACAUGCAGAUGAGAUUUUAUUUACAUUCAAAUUAAAUAGUUG